AUAUAAUAUGUAAUACUACAGUAUCCAAGGUAACCAUGGAGCUAUAAAAGCUCAUCACUGGGGGAGCAAGUCAGACCGGUUUAUAUCUCCCAGGCUGAGAGGGUGAAGCUGUUUCUCAAGUCAGUAAGUCAACCACAACGAGGAAACAGCACCAUCACAUACAGAUCUGUUAGCAGAGAAGAAAAAGCUCACACAACGUCCGUCUGCUGACAGAGAAUGGACACGAAAUGUCUCCUGGAAUUAAUCCUUAUUUUUGUGCUUCAGUUUGAAGCAGGCAUCAGUGGAGGAACCAUCUAUCUCUAUAACAGACCUGGAGAAGAUGUCAUUCUGCCCUGUGGCACUGCAUCACCCUCUGAUCCAACAUGCUCCAAUGUUUUAUGGUUUUACAACAGAGAUCGAUCUCAGACUCUCACUGAGGUUCAGAAUGGAAAUGUUAGAGAGAGCUCAGCUCGAGCUGACAGACUGAGCGUGGACACUAACUGCUCUUUGGUCAUUAACAACAUCACUGCUGAGGAUGCUGGUUUCUACGUCUGUCGGCAGGGGGACAGGUUUGAUCAGAAUGUAUAUCUAAGUGUUCUGACAGUCUCUCCAUCUCCACCAGACGCUGAUCCAAGGAGGGACGGUGAAGUCACAUUAGAGUGCUCUCUGUUGACAUACAGCGACCUCCUUCCUUGUCGACUGAACAGCAUCCGCUGGUUGGAUGAGACAGGAACUGUGCUGCGUGGUGAUGGUGUCGGGAACAGUUCCCUCAGACAGAUGAACUGUGUCUCUAGUCUGACUGUGAAGCGUCAGAGUGGCCACAACAGGAAAUACACCUGCCAGCUGCUUAAUGAACAGAACAAUGUAGAGAUACAGGCUGACUACACACCUGACUUCACAGAUCCCACAGGUUGGUCUCCUCUGAGCUACGUCAUGUUGGCUCUGCGUAUUGCAGGACUGAUCCUAAUGAUCGUCAUCACCGCUCUUCUCAUCAGACACACAUGGAACAAAAAAACACUUGAUGAUGACAACGAAGUAGAGAACGAUGGCGACGUCCAGUAUGAAAAUGUGGAAGCACGUGGAAGUCCUGCUGCUGAUGCUGCUGCUGCUGCUGCUGCUGCUGCUGCUGCUGCUCGACUGCACUGAUCAACAACCCCAGCUCAUCAGAAAGUCAAAUAUCAUCAUUUCUCACUUGUGAUCAAAGCUUUGAGUUAAAACGAUUGCUUUAUAUUUUGAACUUAUUGCAGUUCUGCAGAUUAUUUUAUCCUCAUUUAGCUAAUAGUUUAGAUUUGAUGGCACAUGUACUGUAUACUUCAGCCUCCGUGCUCUCAUCAACCCAGCAGCAGCAAACAGCUCUACGUUAUUUCCCUCAAUAGGUGGUGGAGACCAAAAGCGGAGCUAAAAGAGCGUGAAUUCAUCAGGUGGAUGCAACUUGAAUGGGAAGCUGGUCUGCUGCUAUAUUUGCUUUUUAUUUGGCUCAAAGAAGCCAAAUGCUUUCUGUUGAACUAAACACUUUCUUUCACUGUUUAUUUUUGUCUCAUAUAUAAAUGUGUUGAUCGUCUGACAUCAGUCCUGGGCGUUUGACUGUAUACAGUAGCUCCCCGGUGAUUGGCCACUUCCUCGCUGUUAUGAACAUGAUCGUAGCUAUUACAGUAUAGUUAACACAUUCAUUUCAAAAUAAAAGCCCUAAAGCGGGUUUUUCUUUGCACAGAAUUCCUUCAUUUGUUAACACAAGGCUUUUAUUCUGAAAUAUGUGCCGGACAGUGAUGUGGAACAAGCAGUGACU